AAAGGCCCUGGGCCUGCGUGGGCAGCCGACGCCCCCGCACCCUUCCCUGGCCCCGUGGGGGAGGCACAACUGACCAGAGCUUCGAGCAGGGAAGCCCACCGUCCCGUCCCCCUGGCUGGGGGCUGGAGGGCUGGUCGGAGGCUGUGAGGUGGACGUUUCUAGAAGGACUCGGUGCUCCCUGUGCAGGAAGUCCCCGUGCUCUGGUGGGCGGCAGCACUGUCCCCACAGGCCCCACGUUGGGCAGUGCACACCGCAGCCCAUCUGACCGCCGGGGCUCAGCCCGGUGUCUGCCUCAGCCUCCCACCUCGGGGCCUUGACCUGGCACACAGCUGUGCGGCUGUGACGCUUGUGACGCCCCGGCCCUCCUCUGCAAAAGAGCCCCAUGCAAACAGCAAGGGCAGACUUCGUGUCUCCUGUCCACUUCCUGGGUCGCUGGAUGAUCCCUUGGGUCCCCAGUUGGACCCCUGAGAACCGAGGUCCCUGACUUCUCAAGUGACAGCCACCAGCCACCAGGUCCUUCUGGUUGUCACUGAGAAAUGCGUCAAACCCUUUGCGUUCACCACGGGACCCUCCGUGUGUGGUCAAGGUGCCGCUCACCUCCCCGCCCCCCGCGGCUGCAAAGGCAGGAGCUGAGGAGGGGAGACCCUGCAGCCCUGGGAGGGGUCCCCAGCACACAAGGUGGAGCAGGCCAGUGGCGGGCUGAGGGCCUGCUGGCACCUGGUGCCAGGCCCCGUCUCCCUCCCGGGGGGUGGACCCCUAGGAUCCUGGACAGGAAGAAGGAGGUGGGUGCUGGGAGCUCCCUGAGGGCUGCCUCGUCUGCGUCUGCAGGCUGGCCGGCCCCCUGGGGUCCAGGCACUGACAGACGGCAUUGGCUGCCCUGGGAGGCCCACCCGUCUGUGACAGCACGGUGUCCCACACACCCCUGCUCAGGACAGCUGGGACAGGGCCUUUGUGGAGCGCAUCCACCUCAAGGUUCUGAGGGCCGGGAACUGAGGGUGGAGGGGAGCCCCGGGCGAGGGAGGCCCACGCACUGGGCUGAGGGGCAGCAGAGCCCAGGGGGCGGCGGGUUGGACGGAACCUCCCUGAGCCCUCCGCAGGCCCCGCCCCAACUGCGCUGGGCAGAUGUCACGCUGGGCAGGGAGGAAACCGAGAAGCAGAAAGCCACCAUGAGCCGCCGGAGCUCGGGAGACGUCACAGCGAUGUCUGAGAGGCCACCAGGAAUCACAGUCACCAAGAAACAGGGCCAAGGACCCAGACAGUAGGACUGACCCACAGUCAGGAAAACUGAGGGUCACGCAUCUUAAGAAAACAGAGGUGACGAUGGGGACUUCCAGCAUCACACUGAAGUGGGGCAGCAUAGGACGCCGUAGCUAGAGAGCGUGACAACCGCACCUGUGAACGGCUGGUGGCCUGAUGUCAGGUGACCAGGCGGGAGGGACUGUGAGGGGUGGGGACACGGCCAGAUGGAGCUGAGAGGAAUCGGGGACGUGACCAAGUGGAGGUGCGGCACUGGGAGAGGACGGGGACCGUCCUGGUGAAGCCUCCCCGCAGCCCUAUGUGGACACCGUGGGGCAGCGGCGCGAGGGCCUCACGGUGUGUCUGGCGAAGGCCGAGGGAAGCCCAGAGCCACUGCCCACUGCCCACGAGGGCUCCUGGGGAGAGGAGGUGGCCCCAGCCACACGGCCACUCUCCCGCGUCCUGCCACACUCACAGGAGCCGGGGUGGGUCCCCGUGGGGCCUCCUCAGGGAGCAGGGACGCGGCCUGACCGGGGCUGCGAGCUCCUCGCCUGGACUCCGAGCAUGAAAAGCAAGAGGGCCCCGUGCAGCCCAGGCAAGGACGUCCCCUGCCACGCCAGGACAAGGAGGCCGCUGGGCGCGACACCACUCACCCUGUGACACUGGGGGGAUACCUAGGUGCACCCACACCAGCACAAGGACAGGGUGCCGCUCAGCGGGAGGGCACCGCUCGGCCUCCACAGGCCCUGGGUUCCGUUUCCAGGAGGGGAAGAAUUCACGUGCACACGCGUGUGCCAGGUGUGCGCGGUGUGCGCGUGUCCAGGCCUGAACCACACAGGACGGGGGCACAUGGGCAGAGACGGCUGGCAGCGAUGGACGUCAGGGACAGGGACAGGCCCAGUGCUUUUUCCUGCGGUACAAGGGACCUUCCUGUUUGCAAUGCCCCGGCCACAAGCCCCCGCCACAAGCCGCAGCACAGCCGAUGCCCCAGAGCCAGAGUGACCUACGGGAAUACGUGGGCUGAGCCCAGCUACUGUGCUGCUGGCCACGAGACGACCACCAACGAGUCAGCAGCACGGGUUCCACGGGCGUCUUCACAGAGAAACAGUCUCCAGGUUCCAGCUGCUCGCUGAGGGCAAUGUGGCCAGAGGUGACAAGGGCACCAGAGGUGGCAAGGACACCGGAGGGCACGCUCUCCCGGCAUGCGGCAGGCCUCCUGUCCGUGCUCUGUGGAGCCAGGGACUUGCUUUAAGGUAGCAGCACUGGGGAGCCACCUAGCCCGGGCUGGGAGGCAGGCUUGGAAGGCCAGGUGGGAGAGGCUGGUGGAGGCCACUGGGCAGCCUGGGGGGCAGCGGAGCAGACAGAGAAGGCAGCAGAGGGGCAAAGGGGCAGGCUGUGGCAGCCUGGCACAUUGGGCUCUGCAGGUUCAGAACCUGGACCCGCGGCCCAGGAGGCUGCCUGGUGCCCCAGCCGGGAGAGCACAGCCCACCAUCCUGGCCUGAGGAUGGAGGCCUGCUGCCCUCAGGCACAGGGACAGGAUGGACAGGGCCACAGGGAGGAGGCAGGGAGAGGUGGAGGGAUGAGGACCUGUGCAGGGCUCAGGGCAGGCUCAGGCUGUCCAGCUCCACACAGCCAUGAGGCCCCGGACAGGGCACCAGGCACCCUGGACUCUGGGUGCUCAGUACAGGUGCCAAGCAUCCUGCAGUGGUGACGGGCCCUGGGGAGGGGUGUGAACCUCAGGUGACACCUCUGUGCCCAGGCUUCCCUCCAAGGGAGACGAGGCCCUGAGGCUGCUGUCCAGUGGCUGGAGGGUGCCCCAGCAGCCCAGGGUGGCCAGGCUCCUCCCACACACAACACCCCAGCACUCAGUGCUCCCGGAACCCACUCCCGCUCCAGGGGCCCCGACGCUGGCAGGACAUUAACGAGCUGGACAGCCUCCCAGGUAAACAAGCAUCCCCAAUGACAGCCAGGAGCCGGCCCAGCAACCCGGAAGGAGAGGCUGUGGGCUGGGGACCAGAGGGACCGGGCAGGUAUAAAAGCCAGAGCCCAGAGCUCCCCACACACACCCACACACUCACCCACACACCCUCCUCCAGCACACCCACCAUGGCCGCCUCCACCAUGUCCGUCUGCUCCAGCUCUUGCCCCGAGUCCUCCUGGCAGGUGGACGACUGCCCAGAGAGCUGCUGCGAGCCCCCCUGCUGCACCCCCAGCUGCUGCCAGCCCAGCUGCUGCGCCCCAGCCCCCCGCCUGACCCUCCUCUGCACCCCAGUGAGCUGUGUGUCCAGACCCUGCUGCCAAUCAGUCUGCACCAGCUCCUGCACCCCCUCCUGCUGCCAGCAGUCUAGCUGCCAGUCUGAUUGCUCCAGCUGCUCCCCCUGCCAGCCGUCCUGCUGUGUGUCCCUCUGCUGCAAGCCCGUGUGCUGCAAGCCCGUGUGCUGUGUGCCCGUCUGCUCUGAGGCUUCCUCCUCCUGCUGCCAGCAGUCUAGCUGCCAGUCUGACUGCUGCAGCUCCUCCCCCUGCCAGCCGUCCUGCUGCGUGCCCGUCUGCUGCAAGCCCGUCUGCUACUACAGACCCUCCUCCUGCGUGUCCCUGCUCUGCAGCCCCGUGUGCAGGCCCGCCUGCUGCGUGCCCGCCUCCUCCUGCUGUGCCUCCUCCUGCCAGCCCAGCUGCUGCCGCCCGGCCUCCUGCGUGUCCCUGCUCUGCCGCCCCACCUGCUCCCGCCCGGCCUGCUGUGGUGUCUCCUUGGGCCAGAGGUCCUGCUGCUGAGGGCUCUUCCUGGGCCACCCAGAGUAUGGGAGCCCGUUGCCUCCUGCACUCAGGCUUCUGUACUAGUGGCCCUGACAGCUGCCCAUGUCCCCCCCUGAGCCUGUGCAGGGGCUGGUGGUCACCUGCCUCCUACUCCUGUUGGUGUAGCUCCAUCCCUUAAGGACUGACUGUCCAGUCCCUCCAUGGCCAUCUCUGCACUACCAGGUGGGCGGCAGCCCCAGCAAGGCCAUCCGGCUCCUGCUGGCCGGAAGCCGCCUGUGGCCUAAGGCUCCCCUGCAGCUGGCCGCUCGGCCCUCCCACCCCAGGCCUGCGAAGAGCCCCCGCUGCCCGUGCUGGGUCCGGCUGCUCCCCGGGCUCUGAGCCUCUUCCCCUCUGGCCGUCACUGUGGAAGCCGGUGGGACGCCCCAAUAAAGUCUCCCACAACACCCCGUCA